AUGUCCAUCCUCCGUCACGCUCUACUCGUCUCUAUUACUCUAACUGUAAUUCCAGCACAAUUCAAUAUUCCUCUACCUUUCGGUGGGAUUUCAUUGAAUAAAAAUGAAAAAGGAGAGCUGGAAAUUGGCGGAACUCAAAACUUUAAUAUUCUUGGUUGGGGAGCAAAUCGAGAUUUCAAAUUGACGACUGGAAACGGAACAUUCAAAUUAGAUAAAACCGACGAAGCAAUUCUGAAUGGAUCUACUUAUGGUGGAAGUGGAUCAAUUGGAGUGGAUGAGAAAACUGGAUUGGACUUUGGACAGAACUUAACAUUGAAUGACAAGAAAUUGGUGGGAGGCCUUGGAAAAGAAAUGUCCUUUUUCGAGAGUCUGGCUCAACUUCUGAAGCCACCAGCAGAACCAAAAGAGAGAACGGAACUGAAAAAUCUCUGA